AUCUCUACAACACGAAACCCCUCAACAGAAUCUCAUCCCUCUCCUCCCUGACUGCUCCUCAGCUCCUCAUUGGUGGGCCGUGGGCGUCGGGCGGCGGCUGCCUUGCUCUUCGGCCAUCAUCCUCGGAUCCGUUUCUCAUCCUCCUGCCUGUGCCAUCCCUGUCCUGGUCCUUCAGAUCCAGCGCCGUCAGGCGCACUGCAGGACGGCGCACGGCGGGAUUUGGAGGGCGAGGUUCCCGGGGGCAGGAGCGGAUCCUGAAGCCGGCAAGAGUACGAGCGCCGCAUGACGAAUCGACGGCUGAUUCAGUGAUCUCCGAGGGCACGAUCUGCCCCCUUGCCAUCCCGCGCCUGUCCAAGGCACGCUGCGGAGGGAGGCGGUAUUCACAGCGGCGAGCAGCUCCUGUUUACCUUGCGCCGGCCGGCCGGUGCCAUCCUCACUCCCUUCUCCUCUUCCGUAGAUUGGCGCCGGGGCUCGUAUUUGUUUCAUGGAGCAGGAGGUCCGUAAGUCAAUUGUGCGUAUAUCUUUUGACUGGAAGCCGAAGCCGGAGGACAAGCGGUUUAUGGUUAUUGCUGGCAUUAUUCUUUCAAUAGAAGAUGAUGGGUCUGCUGUCAUAGCAGCGAAUUCCAAAUUUUUUGGGAUGAAAAAAAGAUUUGUAGUGAACUUCCCAAACGCUACAGGAUACGAACAAGAACUUGAUGUUCGUAAGCCCAUUAAAUCUGCGGGAGGUUUCUAUAUAUUUGCUGCUAAGCCAAGUGAAAAUGGCUAUAUAAAAGCAGUCAGGUUUGAGACUCAGUCUGUUCAAGUUGGUGAUCCUGUUCAUUCAUUUGUUUUCCCUAGAGAAGGGUAUAUUACACCAACCGGUUAUUGCAGAGGUUCAGUAAUAGAUGUUUGUUGCAGAGUUCUAUUUCAUGAUUGCGAUAUGCAUGAGUACGCUUACUUAGGAUCACCAUUGUUCAAUUUGUCUGGUGAUCUAGUGGGGAUAACAUAUCUUGAUCAGGGACACUGGCAAGCAUGGACUGUUUGGGAGCUACUAGAUACUUUUAAAAAAUGGAAAAGUACCAUUGUUUCCAAGGGAAUUGAAGAACCUGCAGGGGCAGAACCUCAAGUGGAAGAAUAAAACAUCUAGGAGCAGGGCUGACUAUUGGUGGGAGAUAGCCUGAGCAGCAGCAUAUGCAAGAUGCCACGCAUCUCAAGAAGUCUCAGGCAGCUGCGGUUGUGGAGUUUGAGUUGCAGCCUACUAGUGUACGUGUUGAUUUAGGUUUGAUUUUUGAACUAUUAUGUGACUUUUUUAGGAACCAUUUAUCCCGCCGAGCUGUUGACUGCUAUGAUGUAUUAAUGUGAUGCGAUCUGGUGAACUCUUUUCACAUUCAUGGAUGUUAAACAAUUUCUAUUAGGGUUUUAUCAUUGUAUUGUUGUGGGAGAUGUUUAUAUAAUGUUUGCAAAUGCAUAGUACGUUCACAUUUCUUUAAA